UCUCUCUUUCCCCCGCAGUCCUCCGACGGAGAGGUACAACCGUCAGGUAUCUGCAACCGAGGCUGUCUUGAAUCGGGGAACCGAACCAACAGCCAAAAUGGUGAACUUUACAGUAGACCAGAUUCGUGAGAUCAUGGACAAAAAGUCCAACAUCAGGAACAUGUCAGUGAUCGCCCAUGUGGACCAUGGAAAAUCAACUUUGACCGAUUCCCUAGUGAGCAAGGCUGGCAUCAUCGCCUCAGCGCGCGCUGGGGAGACCAGAUUCACUGACACAAGAAAGGAUGAACAAGAGAGAUGCAUCACCAUCAAAUCCACAGCUAUUUCUCUGUACUAUGAGCUCAGUGAAAAUGACAUGGCCUUCAUCAAACAAAGCAAGGAUGGCUGUGGUUUCCUCAUUAACCUGAUUGACUCUCCUGGUCACGUCGAUUUCUCGUCCGAAGUGACUGCUGCUCUGCGUGUCACUGACGGUGCUCUUGUAGUAGUAGACUGUGUAUCAGGUGUGUGUGUGCAGACAGAGACUGUGUUGAGACAGGCCAUUGCCGAGAGGAUCAGGCCUGUUCUGAUGAUGAACAAGAUGGACCGCGCAUUGCUCGAGCUGCAGUUGGAGCCCGAUGAGCUUUUCCAGACCUUCCAACGCAUCGUGGAAAAUGUGAACGUCAUCAUCUCUACCUAUGGAGAGGGGGAGCAUGGACCAAUGGGCAACAUCAUGGUGGACCCUGUGGCGGGUACAGUUGGAUUUGGCUCAGGUCUUCAUGGCUGGGCGUUCACUCUGAAGCAGUUUGCCGAAAUGUAUGUGGCCAAAUUUACUGCCAAGAGUGACAAGAAAGGCCAGCUUACACCCCCAGAGCGUGCCAAGAAAGUGGAGGACAUGAUGAAGAAGCUCUGGGGAGAUAAAUACUUUGAUCCAGCUAACGGGAAGUUCAGCAAAACUGGCAACAAUGCAGAGGGCAAGAAACUCCCGCGUACAUUCUGCCAACUAGUCUUGGAUCCUAUUUUUAAGGUUUUCGAUGCCAUCAUGAAUUUCAACAAGGAGGAAACCCAGAAGCUGAUUGAGAAACUUGACGUGAAGCUUGAUGUCGAUGACAGGGAAAAGGAAGGGAAACCCCUUCUGAAGGCAGUGAUGCGUCGCUGGCUGCCAGCAGGCGAUGCCCUGCUCCAGAUGAUCACCAUUCACCUUCCUUCCCCAGUCACAGCCCAGAAGUACCGCUGCGAGCUGCUCUACGAGGGUCCUGGUGACGAUGAGGCUGCAAUGGGUAUUAAAAACUGUGAUUCAAAAGCACCUCUGAUGAUGUACAUCUCCAAAAUGGUGCCCACCACCGACAAAGGUCGGUUCUAUGCCUUCGGUCGUGUCUUCUCUGGCAUGGUGGCCACAGGACAGAAGGUCCGCCUCAUGGGGCCGAACUACACACCUGGCAAGAAGGAGGAUCUGUAUAUAAAGCCAAUCCAGAGAACUAUUCUCAUGAUGGGACGCUAUGUGGAGCCCAUCGAAGACGUGCCCUGUGGCAACAUCGUGGGCUUGGUCGGAGUUGACCAGUACCUGGUGAAGACAGGCACCAUCUCCACAUUUGAACAUGCACACAACUUGCGUGUCAUGAAGUUCAGCGUUAGCCCUGUGGUGAGAGUGGCCGUGGAGGCCAAGAACCCCGCUGACCUGCCCAAGCUGGUGGAGGGCCUGAAGCGUCUGGCCAAGUCUGACCCUAUGGUCCAGUGUAUCAUUGAGGAGUCUGGUGAGCACAUUGUGGCCGGCGCUGGAGAGUUGCAUCUGGAGAUCUGCUUGAAAGACCUGGAGGAAGACCAUGCCUGUAUUCCUCUCAAGAAAUCUGACCCGGUGGUGUCAUACCGUGAGACAGUUAGCGAAGAAUCCGAUCAAGUUUGCUUGUCCAAGUCCCCCAACAAGCACAACCGCCUGUACAUGAAGGCCAAACCCUUCCCUGACGGAUUGGCGGAGGACAUUGACAAGGGCGACGUGUCCUCACGACAGGAGCUGAAGACGCGUGCUCGUUACCUCGCCGAGAAGUACGAGUGGGAUGUGGGUGAGGCCCGCAAGAUUUGGUGCUUCGGCCCAGACGGUACUGGACCCAACAUCCUGCUUGAUGUGACCAAAGGAGUUCAGUACCUGAAUGAGAUCAAAGACAGUGUUGUAGCAGGUUUUCAGUGGGCAACCAAAGAAGGUGUUCUCUGUGAAGAGAACAUGCGUGCAACACGAUUCGACAUUCAUGAUGUCACUCUGCAUGCUGAUGCCAUCCAUAGAGGUGGUGGCCAGAUCAUUCCCACAGCCCGCAGGGUUCUGUACGCUUCUGCGCUGACAGCACAACCAAGGCUGAUGGAACCCAUUUAUCUGGUGGAGAUCCAGUGUCCAGAGCAAGUUGUUGGAGGAAUCUAUGGUGUCCUGAAUAGGAAACGAGGGCAUGUGUUUGAGGAGUCCCAAGUUGCAGGAACACCUAUUUUCAUUGUUAAGGCCUUCCUCCCUGUAAACGAAUCCUUUGGGUUCACAGCAGACCUGAGGUCCAACACAGGUGGCCAAGCCUUUCCCCAAUGUGUCUUUGACCACUGGCAGAUUCUCCCAGGUGAUCCCUAUGACGCCGCCAGCAAGCCAUGCCAGGUUGUGGUUGAGACACGUAAACGCAAGGGCCUUAAGGAAGGAAUCCCAGCUCUUGACAACUUUCUGGACAAACUGUAAUCACCAUGACAGUCCAGAAUACAUCUGGCCAAUGUAGAUCUUGCUUAUUACAUGUAAAAUAAUAAAAGAAAAUACAGAAAAAUAAUA